GGUUUAGAUGUUGACAUGCAAUAAAUCUGAAGACAGGAUGGUUGUGGAUGCACCCAACUCCAAUGGGCCCUUUCAGCCCGUGGCUCUUAUGCACUUCAGAGAUGUGGCCCCUGCAGAACAGGAGAAGCUCUUCAUCCAGAAGCUGCGGCAGUGCUGCGUUCUCUUUGACUUCCUCUCCGACCCGUUGAGUGACCUGAAAUGGAAGGAGGUGAAGCGGGCGGCCCUGAGCGAAAUGGUGGAGUACAUCACCCACAACAGGAAUGUCAUCACAGAGCCCAUCUACCCGGAGGUGGUGCACAUGUUUGCUGUAAAUAUGUUUAGGACAUUGCCUCCAUCGUCCAACCCGACGGGAGCAGAGUUUGAUCCUGAAGAGGACGAGCCAACGCUUGAAGCUGCGUGGCCCCACCUCCAGCUCGUCUAUGAAUUUUUCCUUAGGUUUUUAGAAUCGCCUGACUUCCAGCCUAAUAUAGCAAAGAAAUACAUCGACCAGAAAUUUGUUAUGCAGCUACUAGAACUAUUUGACAGUGAAGAUCCCAGAGAGAGAGACUUCCUGAAAACUACUCUGCACAGGAUCUAUGGGAAGUUUCUGGGGCUGAGGGCGUAUAUCCGAAAACAGAUCAAUAACAUUUUCUAUAGGUUUAUUUAUGAAACUGAGCACCAUAAUGGUAUAGCUGAACUACUGGAAAUACUUGGAAGUAUAAUCAAUGGAUUCGCCCUACCGCUGAAAGAGGAGCACAAGAUUUUCCUGUUAAAGGUUUUAUUGCCUCUGCACAAAGUCAAAUCACUCAGUGUCUACCAUCCACAGCUGGCCUACUGCGUGGUGCAGUUUUUGGAAAAAGACAGCACUCUAACUGAGCCGGUGGUGAUGGCUCUGCUAAAGUACUGGCCAAAGACUCACAGUCCCAAGGAGGUGAUGUUCCUCAACGAGCUGGAAGAAAUCUUGGACGUCAUCGAGCCCUCGGAGUUUGUGAAAGUCCAGGAGCCUCUUUUCAGACAGCUGGCAAAGUGUGUGUCCAGUCCACACUUCCAGGUGGCAGAGAGAGCCUUGUACUAUUGGAACAACGAGUACAUCAUGAGUCUGAUCAGUGACAACGCAGCAAAAAUCCUGCCCAUCAUGUUCCCCGCUCUGUACCGCAACUCAAAGACGCACUGGAACAAGACCAUCCACGGUCUCAUCUACAACGCUCUGAAGCUUUUCAUGGAGAUGAAUCAGAAGCUCUUUGACGAUUGCACACAGCAGUUCAGAGCAGAGAAAAACAAAGAGAAGAUGAAGUCUAAAGAACGUGAAGAGGCUUGGGUCAAGAUCGAGAAUCUCGCCAAAUCAAAUCCGCAGUUCUGUACGCAUGUUCAGUCCUCUGACCUCAGUAGUCCUGUAGCAAUGGAGACGGAUGUCCCUUUGAUAGAAGAUGUACAGAGGUUAAAAAAGACAGUUGAGGAGGGCGCAACUCAGCUGCAGCACGAGCAGAGAAAAGAGCGGCCCAUGGUGAGACGCAAAUCCGAGCUGCCUCAGGAUAUCUACACCACAAAAGCCUUGGAGUCCCACUGUAGAGCUGAAGAAAUGUUGACCACCCACGAUGGGCUUUAAAAACCACCAUCCUUUGGACCCUUAACAGCCAUGGACACUCUUUGCCUGGGGUUAAACUGCUGAACCAUGUUGGGUUCCCCCCCUCUCCCCCCAAUCAGCCUUUCUCCUCAGCUCUUCUUCAUUCCUGCUGCUCCACAACAACCCUGACAUUCUCCGUUCUGUUUUCUCUCUCUCAGGUUUAGUUUCCUUUAAUUGACGGACUGUGACACGCCGAGUCAUUUCUCAUUUCCCUCCUCCUUCAUACACAUGAAACCUGGAGUACAGACAGCACAAUGUGUUUUUUUAUUUGUUCGUGUGAGCUCAUCGGACACGGACAAGCAGGAGCAGCUCGAGUGGCUGUCCAAGGAUCAAGUCUAGGUCUCGGUUUUCUUCUCAUUCAAAGGGAACAAAAGCAGAUCCGGUCGUUCAGAUAAAAGACGACGUUCACGUCACCGUCCGCUCUCGUUGCUCUAACAGACACUUUGUCGGUGCCAAGACUGUUGUGUUCUUUACGUUUGGGUCACGUUCUCAUCGCCUGCUGUUCGUGGUCACUCUUCAGACUUCUUUAUUUGUUUCCAGCACUCUUAAGACCAAACUGAGGCCUGUUGUUAGCCUUGUUCAGGAAAGAUGGCGAGGAAAGGGGAGCUUGUCCUGUGGACAUCUUUUAUUAAUUUGUGCCAUACGUCACCCUUUGUUUCUUUAGGCUCCUUGGCAACGUUUGAAGACCAGACCAUAGCAGGACCUGAAGAGUUCAAACAAUGGUACUUGCUGUGUAGCUGCCCGUGUUGCAGCAGU